AUGAAACCGGGUUUAGAGCAAAAUAUAACUGAGCUUAUUGCAUGUGGGAGGGAAAAGCUUGCCUCAGUUGUUUGUGGUGGUGGUGUUGCUGCUGCAGCUGCUGCACCAGGAGCUGCCGUUGGUGCUGCUCCAGCUGCAGCUGAGACUAAGAAGGAAGAGAAAAUUGAGGAGAAAGAGGAAUCCGAUGAUGAUACGGGUUUCAGUCUCUUUGACUAAAAACAACCACACAUCGCGCAUCCAAGAAGAGAGAUUCAGUGGUGAAAAUACGUGUGGUUUACAGAAAUUUUCUUUUGAAUUAAGACUGGUCUAGAUUUU